AUGACUUCCACACCUGCGACGUCACUAGGUGAUAUGGACCAUGAGUACAAUCAAGAUGACAUUGCUAUAAUCGGCAUGGCAUGUCGUCUGGCUGGCGGCAUUCAGUCUAUAGAACAAUUUUGGAAUGCCAUCCUCUCUAAGAAAGAUGCCUCCGGCGAAAUCCCAGAGAUGCGCUGGGAGCCAUAUUUCCGUCGAGAUAGCAGGAACGCCGAAAUUCUCAAGAAAACCACAUCCCGAGGAUACUUCCUCGACCGGUUAGAGAACUUCGAUGCCUCCUUCUUUGGCAUCUCCCCUCUCGAAGCAGAGCUUAUGGACCCUCAACAGAGGAUAGCUCUUGAAGUUACAUGGGAAGCUCUUGAGCAUGCUGGUAUAUCUGUAACAAGCCUAGCUGGCAGCGACACAGCUGUCUUCAUGGGUGUUAACUCAGAUGAUUAUUCUCGCUUGCUUCUUGAGGAUGUCCCCGGGGUCGAAGCCUGGAUGGGUAUCGGCACAGCCUUCUGUGGUAUUCCUAAUAGAAUAUCGUAUACACUUGAUUUGCACGGCCCUAGCACAGCUGUUGACGCAGCAUGUGCUUCUGGUCUUGUUGCUGUACACCACGGACGUCAAGCUUUACUAGCUGGAGAGUCAAAGCUAGCUAUCGUCGGUGGAGUUAACGCACUCAUCGGACCAGGCCUGACAAGGGUCUUGGACGAAGCAGGUGCAGUGACGCCAGAAGGUCGUUGCAGAUCCUUUGAUGACUCUGCAAGUGGAUACGGCCGUGGUGAAGGCGCUUCGGUUUUAGUUCUCAAAAGACUAUCGGAGGCUAUCAUCGACGGUGACAAGGUUCUAGCGGUUCUCAAAGGAAGCGCUGUCGGUCAGGAUGGAAAAACAAAUGGUAUUAUGUCUCCGAAUCAGGUUGCACAGGAAGAAGUGGCACGGAAAGCUCUCUCCGUUGCUCGUGUAGACCCAUUAUCGGUAGCCUUUGUCGAAGCCCACGCUACCUCGACUCCAGUCGGUGACCCCUGUGAAGUUGCUGCUAUUGCAUCAGUAUAUGGAUCUGGAGCCGGUCGACCAAAGGACCUACCAUGCAAAAUUGGCUCCGUUAAGCCCAAUGUCGGCCAUCUUGAAGCCGGUGCUGGCUCAACGAGCUUAAUCAAAGCCGUUCUUGCUGUCAGCAACGGUAUCUUUCCUCCACAAGCUAACUUCCAAACCCCGAACCGAAAGAUGGAUUGGGACAAUAAUUCCCUCGAGGUCAUUCGAGGUGUCUCUGAUUGGGUCCAAGACCGAAAAAGGGCAGGAAUCUGUUCGUACGGGUAUGGUGGAACUGUCGCACAUGCUGUUAUCGAACAGGCCCCAGCCCCCAACUUUGGACCCGAAGACCAAGUUGGAGAUGUAGUAUACGCAGAUGCGGCACCUUAUCUUCUCUUCUGGUCAGCACCACAGUCUCAAAGACUUCGUGAAACAGCAGCCCAACUCGCCUCGUGGGUUGGAGAAACCGAACAACCUUUGGCAGAUAUUGCAAAUACACUAGCAUACCGCCGCUCGCAACAUCAACAUAGGUGCGCUGUCGUCGCCGAUAACCGUGAGGAAGCGGUGAAACUUCUUGAACUAGGUAGCCAGAAUGCCGAUAGCCCCUGGAUGAUUAAAGAAAAGGUCUCCAACUAUGGUAAGAAAGGUGCAGUCUGGGUCUUCUCAGGUCACGGUGCCCACUGGACGGACAUGGGGAAAGAACUUCUAGCGAGCGAACCGGCUUUCUAUGGUGCUGUCAGCAGCAUUGAUAAUAUCGUGCGGGAUAUCCUAAACUUCUCACCCCUCGAGGCUCUCGAAAAUGGAGACCUCAAGACUACAGACAAGCAACAGGUAUUGACUUACGCCAUGCAAGUUGGUUUGAGCGCUGUUCUUCGUUCCAAAGGUGCACAACCCGCUGCCGUUAUUGGACAUUCCGUUGGAGAGAUCGCAGCUUCAGUUACUGCUGGAUGCCUGACUAUCCAAGAGGGUGCCUUUAUUGUGUCGCAGCGAGCCAAGUUGUAUCGUCUUGUGGCCGGAAGAGGAGCCAUGAUCCUCGUUGAUCUAUCACCUGAAGACGCUGUUAAAGAGCUCGAAGAGCAAGGUCAAACCGGUGCAGUUGCAGUCGCUAUUCACUCCUCACCAAAUACCUGCGUCCUUUCUGGAGGCAUCGAAGCUAUCAAUGAACUUGAACAGUCUCUCAAGGACAAGCACAUCCAAGCCCGCAGGGUCAAGACCGAUGUUGCAUUCCACAGCCCAGUCUUGAACGAGCUGGCAGAGCCCCUCCUUGAACUUAUAUCCGGACACAUCAAGCCCCAGCAGCCCAAAAUCCGCCUCUAUUCUACCUCUCUCACACAGGCCCGAGGGGACAAUCUGCGCGAUGAGAAGUAUUGGAUCGAUAACAUGAUCCAGCCUGUCCUCUUAACUAACGCCGUCAAAGCUGCUCUCGAGGAUGACUUUGGAAUAUUCCUCGAAGUCUCUAGCCACCCCAUCAUUGCACACUCUAUCAACGAGACUAUCAUCGAAGCUGACAGUGACGGUGUGAUUUUCCCAACCUUAAGGCGUGAUAAGCCCUCGAGGAAGUGUAUCCUAUUCGCCCUCGGAAAACUACAUUGUCACGGCGCGCCUAUCGAUCUUCGAGCCAAUUUCUCCGGGGACUGGACCCGAGACGUUCCUACCACUGUGUGGAAGCACAAUCCUUUCUGGAGGAAGGUCGGAACCGGUUCUCUUCAACCUAACAAAUCAGUUACUCACGACGUUAAAAGCCAUGUUCUAUUGGGCGCCAAGCACCAAGUGGUUGGUAGUGAUACCACCAUGUGGACAACUACUCUCGAUGAAUCUACAAGACCUUUCCCCGGAAGCCAUCCUCUUCAUGGAACCGAAAUUGUCCCAGCCGCCGUCCUACUCAAUACUUUCUUACACACUGGUGAAGAAUACAAUGCGCUUAAGGACGUUAUCCUACGUGUUCCUGUUGCGAUGAGCGCUCCAAGAAACAUCCAAAUUGUGAAAGAACAAGGAAGAGUCAGAAUCGUCUCUCGACUACAAGCCUCUGAAGGAGAAAACAACAAUACCGAAUCCUCUUGGUUAACACACACCACCGGACAUGUCGCUAAUAACGAGUGGUCUAAGUCUAGCCUUGACAUUUCCGCCACAAAGAAGAAGCUCCCAUCUGUUAAGCCAAGUUUUGCUACGGACUAUCUAGCUUCCGUCGGUGUGCCAGAUAUGGGUUUCCCCUGGAAAGUCACUGAACAUUAUGGUGAGGGAGAUGAAAUGUUGUCCAGAGUUGACACAGCCCCCGAAUCUUCGGAAAAGAGCAUCCCUUGGGACGUGUCAUCAUGGGCUCCUAUUCUCGAUGCAGCAACUUCUAUUGGAUCUUCAAUCUUCUACAAAGAGCCAGUGCUUAGAAUGCCAGCUCAAAUCGAUGAAGUGGCCAUCACUCCUGGAUCUAUUCCUAAGGUUGCUUAUAUCCAUACCACUGUUGAAACCGGGAUGUGGAGAGUUAAUGUCGCAAUUCUCAACGAGGAAGGACAUGAGGUAGCUCAUAUCAACGGAAUGCGAUUUUCUGCUGUUGAAGGUACACCUGGAGCCAGUGGCAGUGUGGAGAGUUUAGUCCACCAAAUGUCCUGGCCCCCAGCUAAACUUGAGGAAGAAGGUUUCCAACUGAAAAAUGUCGUUUUUGUGUCCGAACAGAGCGAUAGAGUUGCUGCUUACAUCCAAGACCUCCAAAAACGCAAGGUAUCCACAACCGUUGUGCCAAACCCUGCAGGACUUGAAGAGCAAAACUUGAGUUCCGAGGGAACCAUCGUUGCUUACCUACCUAGUGGAUCUGAUCUCGAAGAAGAUACCGCAAAGUUUUCCUCCACAUUCUGCAGCGAGGUUCUGGACAUCGCAAAGCUCCUCGUCAACCAAAAAUCACCCUCCAAACUUUGGUGCAUCACUCAAGGACUCUUCGAAGCCUUUAGCCCCUCUUCUCUUUCCCAAGGUCCACUAGUUGGCCUCUCCAGGAUCAUUGCAUCAGAGCACCCUGAGGUUUGGGGAGGGCUCGUUGACACCGAUGACGAAAGUUUCCCUCUUCAAGCUGUCAAGUAUGUCAAAUCUGUCGAUGUGAUAUCAGUUCGAGACUCAGUCGCACGAGUUGCCAGACUCCGACCUGUCCCACGCUCCAAGAUUGUCACUGGAAGAGAAAAAACCUUCACACCAACUGCGGAAGGUACUUAUUUGAUUACCGGAGGACUCGGAGCUUUGGGACUCGAGACCGCUAAGUGGAUGGUCGAGAGCGGCGCCCGAAGAUUGAUUCUUGUUUCACGACGUGGCUUGCCUCCUCGCCGAAAGUGGGUCGAUUCUAAUGAUGAUUCGGCCAUCUCUACAAUUCGCAAGCUGGAGAGGCUGGGUGCUUCCAUUCACGUAGUAGCAGCCGAUAUCUCCAAGCCAGAUGGCGCCGAGAGACUCGAACAAGCUCUAGAUUUGCUCGAUCUCCCAAGUAUCAGUGGUGUCGUUCAUGCCGCAGGUGUCUUAGAAGACCAGCUUGUCGCCGAAACGACCAAGGAGUCAUUCGACAGAGUUCUCGCUCCUAAGGUUUCUGGAGCCAUGGCUCUCCACCAGCUCUUCCCACCAAAGACUCUUGAGUUCUUUGUCCUGUUCUCCUCUUGUGGUCAGCUGUUGGGUUUCCCAGGUCAAGCCUCAUACGCUUCCGGCAACGCCUUCUUGGAUACUUUCGCUGACUUCAGACGCAACCAAGGAGACAAUAUUGUCAGUUUCCUGUGGACAAGCUGGAAUGGGUUGGGUAUGGCUAGCAGCACCGAGUACAUCAACGCCGAACUCGAGGCUAAGGGCAUCACCUCCGUUAGUCGGGAUGAAGCUUUCAGGGCCUGGGAGCACGCUAUCAAGCAUGAUAUCCACCAGGCUGUCGUCCUACGAGCGCUUCCGGUGGAGGAAAAUGGAAUCCCACCCCUCCCAAUUCUGGAUGAGAUCGCGCCACGCAAACGGGCCGAAUCAAGUGGCACCGAAGCCGUUUCUAAAGGUGAGGUCAGUGAGAAGGCACCUGUUCCUAAGAGUGGACCAGAGUUGAAGGAGUACCUCCAAAAUGCCAUUUCAGAGUGCGUUGCAAAAACUUUGAGGCUACCGAGUGCUGCGGACGUUGACCCGUCAACGGCUUUGACGGAGAUGGGGAUGGAUUCAGUGAUGACAGUUAGUUUGAGGAAGCAUUUGCAGACUUCCUUGAAAGUUACAGUGCCACCAACACUAAUUUGGGGGCAUCCUACUGUUAACCACUUGGUUAAGUGGUUUGAAGAGAAGAUUUGA